UUUUGUGCGCGGUGACAGCAGCCUCGGCGGCGGCGGCGGCGGGCUGCGCGCCGGAGAAGUGGCGUCAGGGGAGCGCCGGAUGAGGGGCCGGGGGAAAUGCCGACCAAUUGCGCCGCGGCGGGCUGUGCUGCGACCUACGACAAGCACAUUAACGUCAGCUUCCACAGGUUUCCUUUGGAUCCUAAAAGAAGAAAAGAAUGGGUUCGCCUGGUUAGGCGCAAAAACUUUGUGCCAGGAAAACACACUUUUCUUUGUUCAAAGCACUUUGAAGCCUCCUGUUUUGAUCUAACAGGCCAAACUCGACGACUUAAAAUGGAUGCCGUUCCAACCAUUUUUGAUUUUUGUACCCAUAUAAAGUCUAUGAAACUCAAGUCAAGGAAUCUUUUGAAGAAAAACGACAGUUUUACUCCAACUGGACCAUGUCAUUUAAAGCCGAACAGUAGUCAGCAAGUACUACUUGAACACAGUUACGCCUUUAGGAACCCUAUGGAGGCGAAAAAAAGGAUAAUUAAACUAGAAAAAGAAAUAGCAAGCUUAAGAAGAAAAAUGAAAACUUGCCUGCAAAGGGAACGCAGAGCAACUCGAAGAUGGAUCAAAGCCACGUGCUUUGUGAAGAAUCUAGAAGCAAGUAACAUGCUCCCUAAGGGCAUCUCAGAACACAUUUUACCAGCGGCCUUAAGCAGUCUUCCUUUGGAAGGUUUCAAACUUCUUGAACAAGAUCAACAAGAGAAAACAUUACCAGGUCUCUAAAUCUAAAGUAGAUCUGCAUUCACGUUUUCCUUCCCAGAGCCUGAUGGCCAUCUUCCAUUCUUAUCAUCGAUGCUACUUAACGGCAAUUGUACUAAAAUCAAGUACUUAAAGUUUUACUUGAAGGAGCAAUCACUACAUGACUUACAGAGACUUGAGUCUAAGAAAGAUGAAAAACCUGAAUGACAACUUUGAGAACGAGCAGAAGUGCCUUACGUGAGGAUUAUGUUCUUAGACACUGUCUUCAGAAACACCGUUUGCAGGGUGUUUCU